ACCCCAAAGAAAACGCAAUCCAAUCGAGACCAUUCUUGGCGAGGAGAAGGGGGAGAAGAAAGCAGAUCGGCGCCGGCGCCGGCCGUGGCCGCACUGAUCGACUCGGACUGUGGGUGUGGUCUUCCGCCCGAGCACCCAUAAACAUGGGUCCGGAGGCGCCUGAACUUCAACCAAACUCCGUCAAUCCCGCUGGACGCCUUUUGCCAGAGCACAGCUCGAUGGCGAUCGCCGAUGUCAACAUGGGUCUACAGGCGCCUGAACUUUUGUCAUAUCACAUCAAUCGCGCACGACCCUUCUAUGAUGAAAAGUGGAAAAGUAUGAAUGUGGGGAAGAAGAAGACGAAGAAGAAGAUUUUCCGGGUUCCGCAGCAUGAGCUGGAUGACAUACUUUCCUAUCAGGUGCCCGCUUGGCCGAAAGUGGAUAAACGCUGUCCUUCAGCCGCCAUAGAGAUGGAAAAGAUGAAGGAAUACUUCUUGGCCGGGCGGGAGAAGAUGAGGCGAGAGUAUGAGGCCCAUGGCUAUGCUACUUUUGAAGCAGAGGUCACCGAUGAUGAGGAGGAGGAAGACGCAGCAGCGACUCCUCCUCACGAGGAGAAGGAUAUUGUGCGAGCGACAUCUUUUCAUGACAAGAAUGACGAUGCAGCAGCGACUCAUCCUCACGAGGAGAAGGAUGAUGUGCCAGCGACAUCUUAUCACGACAAAAAUGACGAAGCAGCAGCGACGACUCCUCACGAGGAGAAGGAUGAUGUGCCAGCCACAUCUUAUUAUGACAAGAAUGACGAUGCAGCAGCGACGACUCCUCACGAGGAGAAGGAUGAUGUGCCAGCCACAUCUUAUUAUGACAAGAAUGACGAUGCAGCAGCGACUCCUCCUCACGAGGAGAAGGAUGAUGUGCCAGCCACAUCUUAUUAUGACAAGAAUGACGAUGCAGCAGCGAUGUCUUCUCCGUGGAUUAUUCCACGAGGAAGAGGCCGAAGAAGAUUUCGCCCAGGAGUUGUCAAGCAAGCAAGCGGUGUUAAGAAAAUAACUUAGAUGUAUUAGUUGUUUUCAGUGUUAGUUUUGGCUGUUGGAUUAGUUGGUUCCAGUUUCUGGGACUGUAUUGUGUCAUCUUUAUUUAUAACUUCUUGUGUAAAACCUACAGCUCAUAAUUUGUCAGCCGACUUGAUA